UGUGUGGCAUGUUUUGGUCAAUUUUUGGAUUGAUAACUGGCAUUAAAUUGCUUUUUUUGCCGGCAUACCGGUCGACAGACUUUGAGGUUCAUCGCAAUUGGUUGGCAAUAACACAUUCGUUGCCAAUUUCAAAAUGGUAUGUCGAGGAUACGAGCGAAUGGACAUUGGAUUAUCCACCGAUUUUUGCCUAUUUCGAAUUCAUUCUGUCACAUUUUGCCAAAUACUUCGAUGCGAACAUGCUGAAAGUGGACAAUCUCAAUUAUGAUUCCGAUAAAACGGUGCUAUUUCAACGCCUAUCUGUUGUUGUUACCGAUGUCGUGUAUGCCAUUGGAGUGAAGAGAUGUCUCACUCAGCUCUCACCCACCGCAUCCAAGCAACGGAUUUUGUGUGUCGUUUUAUUGAGCAAUUUCGGUUUGCUGAUCAUCGAUCACAUUCAUUUCCAAUACAAUGGCAUACUGUUUGGCAUUCUAUUGCUUAGUAUCGCGUACAUGUGUGAGGAGAAAUUCUUGAAAUCAGCCUUUUGCUUCGCCGUUCUUCUCAAUAUGAAGCACAUUUUUGUGUACGUGAGCCCGGUGUAUAUCGUGUACUUGCUGAAAGUGUACUGCUGGCAUAGUCCAUCGAUGAAAACUACGGUGUUGAAUUUGAUCAAAUUAGCAAUUGUAACACUUGGCGUCACCGCAGCAUCAUUCGGUCCAUUCAUUCAUCAAAUGCCACAGGUGUUGUCGCGAUUAUUCCCAUUCAAACGUGGACUGUGCCAUGCAUACUGGGCACCAAACUUCUGGGCAAUUUAUAAUAUGGCCGAUAAAGUGGCUUCAGUUGGAACGAAUAAAGGGUCGAAUUCAUCGAAUACAGGCGGAUUGGUUCAAGAGUACAGUCAUCAAGUGUUGCCUGUGAUUCAACCACAUACAACAUUCAUAAUCACCUUGUUGGCCAUGGUUCCGUGCAUUGUGAAAAUCGCCUUUGGAAGCUAUAACAAAGCCAUCAACAAAGUUGACUUCGUACGAGGAAUCGUUAUCUGUGGCUGCACCUCGUUCUUAUUCGGUUGGCACGUUCAUGAGAAGGCGAUUUUAAUGACGGUCAUCCCAUUGAGCAUUCUAAUGGCAGUCAGUGAUGAUGAAGCUAAAAACAUAUGGUUUUUAUCGAUUGUAUCGCAUUUUUCGCUGUUUCCACUUCUAUUCAAGUCCAAUUUGGUCGUGAUUAAAAUCGGUUUACUAGUAACUCACACACUUAUUAUCACGAAUAGCUUGAGGAGUUUGUGGCCAUCAGUGAGUCGUAAAAUUGUUCCAAUACAUGAACUCUUGUAUUCGGUUGGCUUGUUCGGAAUACUUUUCUACGAGUUUUGUAUCCAAUAUUUAUUGAACUUAGACAAAAGACUGCCAUUUUUACCUCUUUUAUUAACUAGUGUUUAUUGUAGCAUAGGAAUUAUAUAUUUUUGGUUGAAAUAUUACGCAAAGUUCCUAUUCAAAAUCAGUUCCAGUAAAAAAGUUAGAAAAGAUUGAAGAAUUAAAUCGUGUAUGUGAAUAGUAUAUUGAAAAUUGUGUAUAAAAUGAAAAUUGAUUCAUUACAAAAAAUAAUUUUAAUGAAAAAAACAAUUCUUUCAAUUUAAUUUUUGAAAUUCGAUUUCUUCGGUA